CUUGCCAUCUUCCCCUCUCCCAAUCUCUCACGUUUCAUCUCCUUCCACUCCAUCAAUACAAAAUAUCAGUGUUAAAAUCGAUGCAGGUCUAUUCAUGGUACCCCGACGAUGGAUGAAGAGACCUCUGCCACCCCGUCUCUCAUCCUGGGCUGGCGUGGAACCAGGGAAAGAUUUGGUCAUACCCUCCUCUGCUUGAAUCCAGGUUCAACCGGCAUGCCUCCCCAAUGACGACUAGCGCAGGAUCCUUUUUUACUAACAACAUAUGCUUCUCCGCCCGUAGCUUGAUCUAUGCUCGUAGGUAACGCCGACACCUCCAACCUCCUGGUAUCCUCCUUAUGUACAACCCUGUCUCCAUGCAGCAGCAGCCUCCUCCUCUUUCCACACGCGUCCCCUUCAUCCUGCCUUCAACUUUGAUCCAAUUGCCACCUCUGGACUCUCCUCCCUCGAUCUCUGUAAUUCAUGGUUGCUUUGCUACCUCAAUUUCACCACCACCCAAGGGAGUCAAUCUGAACGGCUUUUGUGGGCGUCAAAGAUGGAUUCACAGCAGCCUACAUCGUUAAUCGUCAUUGCUGUAUAUGCAGUGUUCAGAACGACGUACAUCAACUUUCCAACAGCAUAUAUUGAUACAUAAAAGGGAUCGUUGAGCAUGAUCGAUGAGGUAUGUGAUGAUAUGCAUGUGGUAUGUACAACUAAAACAUUUGUAUGCAUGUAUAACUAUGUAUUUUUUAAUUUGUAGCUCUUGAUAGCCGUCCAUCUCUCCAUAUGUGUUUCUUUGCCCUAAGAAGUCUGAUGGUUCUUCUCCUACUAUUCAUUAAAAAAAAUCUAUGUUUCAGUUCUCUGUACAGAAACUCAGAAAUGAGUGAAACCAAUGACUUCCCCAGCAUAAUUUUAUCCUAAUUGUAUACUAUAGUAGUAUAGUUCGAGCAGGAAUUGCGUGUAUAUGUGACAAGCUUACAAUGCAACAAGGUAAUAUAGAGCCUCUUGGUAGGAGUAGCCAUCCUUCUCUCCAUAUGUGAUUCUUUGCCCUAAAAAGUCUGAUGGUUCUUCUCCUACUUUUCAUUAAAAAAAUGUAUGUUUCAGUUCUUUGUACAGAAACUCAGAAAUGGGUGAAAGCAAUAAAUUCUCCAGCAUGAUUUUAUCCUAAUUGUUUACUAUAGUUCCAGUAGGAAUUGCGUGUAUAUAUGACAAGUUUACAAUGCAACAAGAUAAUAUAGAGACUUAUAGAAGCGUUUCUAUCUCAUGAUUUGGCUGUCAUACCUACAGGAAUAAUUCAGGUUUAUUCAUGGUACCCCGAUGAUGGAUGAAGAGACCUCUGCCACCCCGUCUCUCAUCCUGGGCUGGCGUGGAACCAGGGAAAGAUUUGGUCAUACCCUCUUCUGCUUCAAUCCAGCUUGAUCUAUGCUCGUAGGUAACGCCGACACCUCCAACCUCCUGGUAUACAACCCUGUCUCCGUGCAGCAGCAGCAGCCUCCUCCUCUUUCCACGCACGUCCCCUUCAUCCUGCCUUCAACUUUGAUCCAAUUGCCAUUGCCACCUCUGGACUCUCCUCCCUCGAUCCCUGUAAUUCAUGGUUGCUUUGCUGCCUCAAUUUCACCACCACUCAAGGGAGUCAAUCUGAGCGGCUUUGGUGGGCGUCAAAGAUGGAUUCACAGCAGCCUACAACGUUAAUCGUCAUUGAUGUAUAUGCAGUAUUUAGAACGACGUACAUCAACUUUCCAACAGCAUGCAGUCAACACGUGAUCAAACAGAUAUUAGAUUAGAAGUUGAAUUUUUUUUAUUUGGUUCAUGCUUAUAUAGGCAUAUAUUGAUACAUAUAAGGGAUUAUUGAGCAUGAUCGAUGAGGUAUGUGAUAAUAUGCAGGUGGUAUGUACAACUAAAACAUCUGUAUGCAUGUACAACUAUGUAUUUUUUAAUUUGUAGCUCUUGAUAGCCGUCCAUCUCUCCAUAUGUGUUUCUUUGCCCUAAGAAGUCUGAUGGUUCUUCUCCUACUAUUCAUUAAAAAAAAUCUAUGUUUCAGUUCUCUGUACAGAAACUCAGAAAUGAGUGAAACCAAUGAAUUCCCCAGCAUGAUUUUAUCCUAAUUGUUUACUAUAGUUCAAGCAGGAAUUGCGUGUAUAUGUGACAAGCUUACAAUGCAACAAGGUAAUAUAGAGCCUCUUGGUAGCCAUCCAUCUCUCCAUGUGUGAUUCUUUGCCCUAAGAAGUCUGAUGGUUCUUCUCCUACUUUUCAUUAAAAAAAUGUAUGUUUCAGUUCUUUGUACAGAAACUCGGAAAUGGGUGAAACCAAUAAAUUCCCCAGCAUGAUUUUAUCCUAAUUGUUUACUAUAGUUCCAGCAGGAAUUGCGUGUAUAUAUGACAAGUUUACAAUGCAACAAGAUAAUAUAGAGACUUAUAGAAGCGUUUAUAUCUCAUGAUUUGGCUGUCAUACCUACAGGAAUAAUUCAGGUUAGUGAUCUUUGGAUACUGAUUAUAUGUUCACAAUUUCAUGUCAGGAAUUAAUCAUUUGUGUUUCAUGCUUUCAUGUAUAGCGUAUCUAUUUGUUUGCCUAAUUUUAGACAACCAGGUCUAAUCAUGAUGUUUGCAUGUUUUUUCUGUUGUUCUUUUUCGUAACGCUCCAAAUGGGUUAAUCUUAAAAAGAACCAUAGGUUUGGGAAUUUACGGAGGGAAGGUGACUUCAUGUAUAUUACGAAAGCAAGACUGGAUAUGAUUAGAUCUUUUUGUCUAGAUGAUAUGAUUCGCUCCGUGUUUCUUCUGGCACAUUGGUAGAAAAAUACCAUAUUUUUCGUUAUUACACCGUGUAUUGCGUCACUUAAUAGAGUUUUCUGUUUAACAUGAUCUACAUCGUUUUAGUUCAUCCUCAGCUGAAGCUAGCUAGCUAGCCCAAGAAGGGAUCCAUCAGUCAGGUUACCUCCUGUAUGUUGUAUUUUCUUGGGCAAAAAGCACCAGUGAGUAAGGAGCCGAGGACAUAGUAUAAUACAUGUAGUCCACAAUAAGUAAAGAAUGAAAUCCGUGUGGAUUUUUCGCAAAAAAAUAUAUAUAUAUCCGUGUGUACGGCCGGAGAGAACACGGACAGUUCAGCAGACUGAAACUCGACCGGUUCCAAUAUUGUGACUGCGACAAUGUGGUGGAGACAAAUUACCAGACUAUAUAUGACCACAUGCUAACAACGAUUAUUUAUCCUUCCAAGCCUGCAGUCUGACCAAGGUGUUAAGAGUAAAGACCCAUCUCCAACUAAUGUCUUUAUAUGACAUGGAUGUGACAUUUCUAAACAAGGCAUACUCGAAUUGUUGUAUAUUAUUUUAUACAUAAAUCCUUCCGAUUUUAACCUCUUGGACAGAGGACUCAUGAGUUUGCUAAGUUUCUCUUAUUUCCUACCGAAAGAAACAAAUAGCAUUGCUGACUGGAAUGAUCCCCUAGGACACAUAUCUUGAAAUACUUAUUUGAUGCAUUCUAACAAUGUUUUCUUUCUUUCAGGGAUGAACCUGUUGCUACUGUAUAAAAAUAAUCAUCAGACCAGUCUUUUGAGCAGUGAAGUUUGAAUAACGGGGGACAUGAUUUAGUACAAGUUUCACAUUAUUUUAUUUUAAUCAUUGUUAAUUUCAUUCACGGACGAAAUAAUUACAAAUUUAUAUGUACAUGGCAUCAGUAAAAUCUGGUGUCGCUUACAAAAAUGGAUAACCAUGGACACGAUUCUUUACAACCUUUCCUUUUUAUUGCAGCUUUGCUUUUCACCAAUGACCUAUUGAGACGAUAUUUAAGGUGAUUUUUGUGCUUCUUAAUUUUUAUUUUAAAACUACAUGUGUAUUUUCAUCAUUGUGUUGCAGGCAAAUAAAGAAAAUUUCAGGAUUAUUUCUCAAGAUCGACGAUACACAAACAAGGCAUAUGUAGCAGUUGUUACACAUAUAGCUUCCACGUACAUAAAUUGCCAAAUAUCUGACAUGCCCCAGGAGAAAAAUAUUUCAGUUAUCUUUGGUUUUUAGUUACACAACGCCGGUGAGUAUGAUUUUGCUCCCCAAUACAUAAUAUUAGGACAUUUUUUCUGUAAUAAAAUGAUCAAGAUUUGAAUAUGUAUUUCCUAAUACCUCAGAUGACAUUUAAUAUAUGGUAGAACAAGAGUAAAUAAUUCACAAAAUAAUUGAGAUUAAUGCUUCGUCUACUAUUUAAAUUUCGAUGUGUACAGGUUAGCUGUUUCAUGAAUUUACUACAGCAUCUUUCAGCAUAUUUUUGGUUAUUGGUCCAUGUUUUUUUUUCCCAUACUUAGGCCUUUUUGUUUGAACUAUGUGCAAAUUCUAAGUUAGUUCCGCCAUGGGGAUUGAACAUCUUACAUCCUUACAUCAUCUUCAAAUUUUACUUUUUUGAGGUUAUUAUCAGAUUUUAUGACAAGGAAUAAGAUCUAAGCCGUUUUUAGUUUCUUUAUAACAACAUUUACAGAACGGGCCGAGUAAAGUUCAAUCAGGUAAGCCAAGGCUACUAUCCUCCAUUCGGUUUCACUAACAUUUAAUCAGUGUUUGCAUAUUUUCUUUCAAUUUUUUACACUUCUUGAGUGUACUAGAUUCGAACUACUAUAGUGGCCAUUUAAUGGAUAUGGUACCAAUAUCACCUAAUCCUAUUUGUAUAUAGAUACAUGUGUUCUUUCACGCCCUUUCUUAAAUUUGUUCUUUGUACUAAUUUAGCAUACUGCAGCUGCUUAAUACUCUCUCUGUUUCUAAAUAUAAGUCUUUCUAGAGAUUUCAAUAAAAGACUAGAUGCGGAGCAAAAUGAGUGAAUCUACAUUCUAAACUACGUCUAUAUACAUCCGUAUGUAGUCCAUAGUGAGAUCUCUAAAAAGACAAGGGUACAUGAUAUUUAAGAACGGAGGGAGUACAUGAUAUCAUGAAAGAUCUCGGCGUGACAAGGGUACGGACAUAUGAAGCAUUCUUGUAGAGUGUAGCUAUCUUUUGUUUUGACAUAGAAUUAUAUCAACCCACUUCUAUGUAACUUACGCAUGAUAUCAGAAGUAUCCAUUCAACAUUAGUCUUACUUAUUAAUUAUGUCUAUAAUCUAUUAUAUUUUGUAAUGCUACCGAUCCAAAAUCUUGGGGUUUUGUUUUUCAAAAUUGAUGGAUGUUAUUUUUAAUACAUUAUUCAUGUAUGUCGUUUCUAGACCACAUUUGAAGUGUGUGCUGCAUGUUGCCAAGAUUUUCACGGAUUGCUCCCUAUAUAUUUUUGCCUUCGUCUAUCUCAUCCUCAUGAUCCUUUAGUCAAUUAAUGAAAUGUUUGUGUGCUUUCAACCAUCAUCUCAAUGGCUUAAGACAUACUAUUAUUUUUAGCUAUGCAAUUAUUUUUAGUUAUUCUCUUAGAUGAUAAUAAGAGAAAGAAAAUUUAAGUUCAUAUGCAAAGUUAUGUUUGCUACAUGUUUGUUCUGUGAAUAUUAGCAUUUUCAUAAUUGUAACGGCCCCGUGCAUGACAACUAGUACUCCUAAUCAAGCAUGAUUACGCAUAAGCUUGAGAGGGAAGUGGGGCAUAGAAGUUGUGCCACUGGUAGAUGGGACCCACCCAAGAAUCCACCUAAUCAAGUCCAGAGGAAGCUGUCGACUGCGUACGACUACGAACACGAAGGCCUUGGCACCCGCAGCCGCCGCUCCACUCCCAGUCUGUCCCGGAGCAACGCCGAUGCCUCGCACCCGCAUCCUCAUCCGCAUCGGCCGUCGCCGCCGCCGCCGCUCCUCCUCCUCCUCCUGCUAGCCGACGUCGGGCCUCCGUCUCCGCCUCCGCCGCUCGUCAUCUUCUACCUCUCCGAUGCCCCGCUCCCGCCUCCGUCGCUACGCCUCCACCAUGCCGAUGUCCAGCCUCCGUCCCCUCCACCGCAGCUCCUCCUCCACCACGUCGCCUGCACGCGCCUGGUCCCCCCAUGCCGCCUUCGCCGCGGCCACGGAGCGUGUCCGCGCCGGGACGGUCAGGCCGGAAGACGCACACACCCUGUUCGACGAAUUGCUUCGGCAGGCCACACCGGUCCCCCAGCGAUCCCUGAACGGCUUCCUUGCCGCCCUCGCCCGUGCGCCCGCCUCCGGCGCCUGCAUCAGAGAUGGCCCCGCCCUUGCAGUGGCUCUCUUCAACCGUGUGUGCAGAGACGAAGCCGGCCCGCAGGUGGCGGCGCUCACAGGCUGCACCUACAGCAUCCUCAUGGACUGCUGCUGCCGCGCCCGUCGCCCGGACCUAGGGCUUGCCUUAUUUGGCCGCUUCCUCAGGGAAGGCCUGAAGACAGACCAGAUCGUCGCCAACACCUUCCUCAAGUGCCUCUGCUACGCGAAACGGACGGAUGAGGCAGUGGACGUGCUGCUUCAUAGGAUGUCCGAGCUCGGGUGUGUGCCUGAUGCCUUCUCAUACAACACUGUCCUGAAGAGCUUAUGCGACAAUGGCAUGAGUCAGCGGGCGCUCGACCUGCUCCAGAGGAUGGCGAAAGAAGGAGGUGUCUGCUCUCUCAAUCUGGUGGCAUAUAACACGGUCAUCCAUGGCUUCUUUAAGGAAGGUGAAACAGGCAAGGCAUGCAGUCUGUUCCAUGAAAUGAUGCAGCAAGGUGUUGUGCCCAAUGUGUGGACGUAUACCUCGAUUAUUGAUGCAUUGUGCAAGGCCAGAGCAAUGGACAAGGCAGAGCUAGUCCUUCGUCAGAUGGUUGCUAAAGGUGCUCAACCUGAUAUAGUGACAUAUACUUGCAUGAUCAAUGGAUAUGCCACAUCUGGGCGGUUGAAAGAGGCUGCUAAAAUGUUCAGAGAAAUGAAAAGCCGGGGUCUUACACCAAAUAUUGUUACCUGCGGCUCGUUAAUGACUUACCUUUGCAAGCAUGGAAGAAGCAAAGAAGCUAGAGAAAUAUUUGAUUCCAUGACUGCCAAAGGCCACAGAGCUAAUGUCGUCUCGUACUGUAUUUUGCUUCAUGGGUAUGCCAAUGAAGGAUGCUUUGCUGAUAUGAUUGAUCUCUUUAAUUCAAUGAAAAGCAACGGUAUUGCAGCCGACUGCCGUGUUUUCAACAUAUUAAUUAAUGGAUAUGCUAAACGUGGAAAGAUGGAUGAAGCUAUGCUCAUAUUUACGGAAAUGUGGGAAAAAGGAGUGAGUCCCGAUGUGGUUACCUAUUCCACUGUAAUAGCUGCACUUUCCAGGAUGGGUAGAUUGACCGAUGCCAUGGACAAAUUUAAUCAGAUGAUUUCCAUGGGGGUUCAACCGAACACAGCUGUUUAUCACUCCCUAAUUCAGGGCUCUUGUAUGCAUGGUGAUUUGAUUAAAGCCAAGGAGCUGGUUUCUGAAAUGAUGAACAAAGGUAUUCCUCGUCCUAGCAUUGCGUUCUUCGGUUCAAUAAUAAACAGGUUAUGCAAAGAUGGAAGGGUUAUGGAUGCACAUGAUAUCUUUGACUUGGUUAUAGACAUAGGCGAGAGGCCUAGUGUCAUUACAUUUAAUUCACUGAUUGACGGAUAUUGCUUAGUCGGGAAGAUGGAUAAAGCAUUUAAAAUACUCGAUGCCAUGGAAGUAGUUGGUGUUGAGUCUGAUGUUAUUACAUAUAGUACACUUCUUGAUGGCUAUUUUAAAAAUGGAAGGAUCAAUGAUGGUUUGACUCUGUUUAGAGAAAUGCCGCAUAAGGGAAUUAAACCUGACACUGUGACAUAUGGCAUCAUGUUGGAUGGGUUGUUUCGUGCUGGCAGAACUGUUGCUGUAAGGACAGUGUUCCAUGAGAUGAUCGAAAGUGGAAUAACAGUGGACAUCCCCACAUACAAUAUAGUUCUUGGAGGACUUUGUAGAAAUAACUGCACAGAUGAAGCAAUCGCCCUGUUCCAGAAAUUAGGUGCAAUGAGUGUGAAGUCCAAUAUUGCAAUACUCAAUACCAUGAUCGAUGGAAUGUACAAGGUUCGGAGAAGAGAAGAAGCCAAUGAUUUAUUUGCUACAAUAUCAGCCAGUGGAUUGGUGCCCAAUGAAUCUACUUAUGCAGUAAUGAUAAUAAAUCUUCUAAAAGAUGGAGCAGUGGAAGAAGCAGACAAUAUGUUUUCAUCAAUGGAGAAAACUGGUAUAGUCCCCAGCUCCCGUCUGUUAAAUCACAUCAUCAGAAUGUUGUUGGAAAUAGGUGAGAUUGCCAAGGCCGGAAAUUACUUGUCUAAAGUUGAUGGGAAGAGCAUCUCACUUGAAGCGUCAACAACUUCAUUGAUGUUGUCUUUCUUUUCGAAGAAAGGCAAAUAUCGGGAGGACAUGAAAUUGCUGCCUGCAAAGUUUCAAAUUUUUGAUGGAUUUGGUUGACUAGUUGAUACCUUCCAUAUAAGGCUAACUCCUCGGAAAGCACAGUUGAGUUUUUGCUUGCAUAUGAGCUUAAGUCAGAAAGCACAAUUGAGUUUUUGCUUGCAUAAAGCCUCCUGUCAGGCCCCUGACUGAAGUUUAGACAGUAAGAUUAAUUCUUCAGUUAUCAGGGCGUACCGACUCGCGUGAUGGUUUGAAUUGCACCGUCGGAUCGUCAUCCUACAGCCAGCCGCUCGCGUACCGCUUCGCGCCUGGAGGAGCUCUUCCCCGUCGUCGAUCGUGGAUCCAACAGCUGUCAGCCUUCGUCUAGUCACUGUUACUUUUCCGGCACCUUUGCCUGUCGCUUAUCCCUUUUCUGUUUUUACCUUCAGUAAAUUGUAAUGGCUUAUAAGCCCAGGACUAGCCCGAAUUGGGGCAGCUAAGUUGUAAAGGUUUGAACCCUAGGCCGCCGUGUUCCGGCUGGCUCGCUAUCGUCCGCUGUGGCGGCGCAAACCCUAGCAAUUGACCUUUGCGAAUUCCCUCUGAA